AACCGUUUUGUGCAGUGAAUUUACUAGCUUUAAAAAACUCCUUUUACUAUCUACACAUAAUUAAGUAAUAAACAGACAGUAGUAACACAGGCUGGGUUAUUUAAAUCGUUUGGGUCACAUACUGUGGUAUGCUAGUUGUAUCUGUAUGAAACGUUAAACAGAAUAUGAGUUUUAUAAAUUCACCUGUGUUAACCGGGUUAUUGUACCGCUGUCAUUUUUCUCUUCGGCGUUUGGAGCCAUCCUACUCAUAAAAGAAAGCAGAGGUGGGAAGCAAUGUCCGAGUAAAGAGAGAUUGGAUGGGAAGGUAGUUGUGGUAACUGGGGGUAGUUCGGGUAUUGGGAAGGAAACUGCGAAGGAAGUUGCAAAAAGAGGCGCAACAGUUGUCCUAGGUUGCAGGCAUAUGGGAAGAUGUGAAAAGGCAGCAAAAGAAAUCAGAAUCGCAGCAAAAAGUCAACACGUUGUUUGUAGAUUCCUUGAUUUAGCAAGUCUGGAUUCUGUGACUAAUUUUGCAAAGAUGAUAAACCAAGAACUGCCACACAUUGAUGUCUUAAUAAACAAUGCUGGAAUUAUGAAGCCAAGACCUCCUAAGGCAACUCCAUUGACAGAAGAUGGUUUUGAAAGACAACUAGAAACUAAUUAUUUGGGUCAUUUUUUACUGACAAACUUGCUUAUGGAUAACUUAACAAACGGAGAACAACCUGGCAGAAUAAUCAAUGUAACUUCUGCUGCUUAUGAGAGAGGAAGUAUUGAUUUGGAAGAUGUUGAGAAGUCAUCUUUGGAGGGGGAAGAGAAGUUAACAGAGCUUUAUUACCAAAGCAAACUUGCUAAUGUUCUUUUUACUGAUGCCCUGAGCAGAAAAGAAGAGCUCAAGAACAGGAUAACUUGUAACUGUUUAAACCCUGGUGUGGUCCAUACCAAUAUUGACAGAUAUUCAUCUAUACCACUAUAUGCGCUGUCCGUAUAUUUAUAUAAACCUUUCCAAUGGUUUAUAAUGAAGACACCGCUUCAAGGGGCACAGACAAGUCUAUAUUUAUCAACAGAGCCAACUCUAUCUAAAACUACAGGCCGCUACUUUGACGACUGUGAGUUCGUGUCUAAAACAAGCGAGAUAUGCGACUGUGAAUUGGCUGACAAACUUUGGGAAGCCAGCAAAAUGUGGACACGGCUGGAUGAACGUCACACCUCUGUAAGCCAUGAUCUACGAGAAGGGAAAAGUUAAAAGUGAAUAUAAGAAGAAACUGCUGUUUAAAAACUGGUCUUUUGAAUAUUUUCUACAAGCAGUGUUUGAAAACUUUGUCGUAAAUUCCAUGGGUCUCCAUAUUGUGAAUUAAAAACUGCCAAUAAAUUCCACAAAUAGCCUAUGAAAACUCUGGCUCGAA